UUGAGCUAAUUGUAGGGGAAAAUCCAGUGGAUAAAUCUUUUUAUAUCUCCUCCUUUUAUUGGAAAGCCAAGAAAAAAGAUUCAGUAUUGUAUCACAUGAAAUGGACAUGAUACCAUCACAAUGUAAUCAUCUGAUAUCUGCUGAAUUAACAAGGAAACCAGAAUACAAGGAAGGUAAUAAUGAAGAUGAACAGACAGUUGCAGAAAUCAUGAGAAGGCGUUUUUCUCCUGCUGUUGUAACUAGCAGACCCUGGGAAGGUUUUCAUUUUGCUGGCCAUGAGAUAAAAAUUAUAGAAGCCACCGAAUGUUAUGGGGCAGUAGUCUGGCCAUCGGCUCUUGUUCUAUGUCACUUUUUGGAAACAAAUGCUAAACAAUACAGCCUGGUUGAUAAAAGUGUAAUUGAAAUUGGAGCUGGAACAGGGCUGGUCUCCAUAGUAGCCACUUUACUUGGUGCACAUGUGACUGCCACAGAUCUUCCUGAAGUACUAGGAAACCUUCAGUACAAUAUUCUCAAAAAUACCAAAAUGAAAUGUAAGCAUCAGCCCCAGGUUAAAGAACUCUCCUGGGGAGUUGAUUUAGAGAAGAACUUUCCCAAGUCUUUGUGUCAGUUUGACUACAUCAUGGCUGCUGAUGUUGUGUACUACCAUCCCUUCCUGGAGGAGCUGCUUCUUACCUUCCAUCACUUGUGUCAGGACAACACUGUUAUUCUCUGGGCCAUGAGAUUCAGGCUGGACACAAAGAACCAAUUUAUGGGCAGAUUUCAGGAAUUGUUUGACCUGGAGGUAAUUUCCAAUUUCCCCAGUUUAAACAUAGCAUUGUAUAAGGCGAUGAGAAGAGGCAAGAAGAUGACGUGAUUUCCAACUUGAGUAUUAGAAAGUGUGUGUGUGUGGAGUUUGAGUUUCUUCACAGGUUCCAUGUUAAUGCUUGAUGACACCUGUAGAUUAUGGUGCUUUUUAGGGUUAAAUCAAUGUCCUGUCAUAAACAAAAUAUAAAACUUCUUACAUGCUUGAAAAGAUAUCCUAAAUUAAAUUUUCAUCUACUGGUACAUGUAGGGGGAACAUAUCGUUGGCAUUUUCUGAACUUUAGUUGCUAAACUGUGCAACACUAAUAUUUUUCACAGGUUAUGCGGAUCAUAUAUCCACAAUGCUGUAGUAUUGCUGCCAACAACUUUCCAUUGCAGCUUAUAAUAGUGCCUGAUAAGAUCAGAUGACUACACACAACAUAAGAUUAUAAUCUAUUUAAAAUUAAAAAUUGUGGUAUCAAAUUGCACUCUGAUGUUUCCACACCGCCACCCACGCUGUUCAAAGUCGCGUUCUUUUAAUAACUCCCACAGGACAAUAAACCAGACUGGAUAGAGUACGGAAAUAUAUACUGUAGUGAAUAAUCCCAUGGCAAGCUUUCUGUGGCAUCUCAGAUGUGAGCUCCAUGCAGGCAGCAUGCCUUUUGGGAUGUCAGGGCAGCAGAUGGAUGCCUCUGUCCCCUUCAGAAGAAAGUCCCUUCCCACCACCACCCUUUGUCUUCUCUUAUGCAUGGUGAUUAUGAGCCUCACAGCCUUGGGGCAAGUGACUCUUCUUCCUCAUGUUGUAAACUUUAACAAAUGGUCUUGUGUAAGAAUAGUGCAGCAUAUUACCAAUUCCCUUUUAAAAAAAAUUCUCAAAUCUUUGGAGCUUUGCCCCUCUCAAAAUAGACAACUGUGGACCUCUAGCUCUGAAAGCACAACAAUAUGAACAAUUGCCCUCAAGAAAAUGUUUUGCAUCACUGCCUCACUGUGGUAGCUUGAGACCAAAAUGACUUAAUUUGCAUGCUUAAUUAUGGGCAGAUCAUAGGAAAAAGUUGCUUAGCGUCUUUGGAUAGGCCCACUGUGACUGUCUAUCUGUAUCCCUGUGUUCACCUUUUUACAAAACUGUAAUGCAUUUUGUACAAAGUAUGCCAUGGGAGGUAUCAUUUGAAAAUUCAUAAUUUACUGAUCAUUAUUGU